AAAGUUCAGUUUGAUCGAGACCCCGGUUCGUGAGAGUGAAUGAGUGUCUGUGAGUGCUGUGUUGUGUUUUUGUGAUCAAACCACUCUUUUCCCGCGCACUUAUGAUACUUUUUGACUAUUUUAGUGCAACGUGUGAAUUUUAGGCGCCGCGAUGCCCAGUAACGGGAGCGCCGCGACGUCGCCGCGGGAGGAGCGUCCUCGUCCACUACCAGCGACCUCCGCCUACCAUCACUCGGCGUUCGUGCCGGUGGUGCCCAGCAGAGCGCUGCACCUGUACCAGCCCGGGGACGAGCUCAUGGCGAUGAUGGCUGACAAGAGGAAGGAGCUUGCGUUGAGGGAGGAGGCGGCGUGCGUCGCGGCGGCUCACGCGGCGGCGGCAAUGUUGCUGCCCCACGGUGCGCCACCUCCAGCCCCGUACCCUCCCGGACUGUUCCCCCCGGGCGCCUCUUCCACCGGGUUCCCCCUGGCUCCCCCAGUGUUCCCUACGUCCUCGGGGCCACACUCGCACCUCGAUCGAAGACUUCUGAGACCCCCUGGCCGGGCGUCUAGGCCCAAGAAGCAGUUCAUCUGCAAGUUCUGCAACAGACAGUUCACCAAGUCGUACAACCUGCUGAUCCACGAGCGCACUCACACGGACGAGCGGCCUUACUCGUGUGACAUCUGCGGCAAGGCGUUCCGUCGUCAGGACCAUCUCAGAGACCACAGGUACAUCCACAGCAAGGAGAAGCCGUUCAAGUGCGGAGAGUGCGGCAAGGGGUUCUGUCAGUCGCGUACUCUGGCGGUACACAAGAUCCUCCACCUGGAGGAGUCUCCUCACAAGUGUCCUGUCUGUAGCCGCAGCUUCAAUCAGCGGUCCAACCUCAAGACCCACCUGCUCACCCACACCGAUCACAAACCGUACGAGUGCAACUCUUGUGGAAAGGUCUUCAGGAGGAAUUGUGACUUGAGACGUCACGCAUUAACUCACGCUGUGGGUGACGUCCCUCCAGAAGUUCUGGCAGAGAGCUUGCGCGAGAGCGGGAACGCUCCUGAGAGUAUCCACAAGGACUUUGCGUCGUCCAACUCCCCCAACGACAGCCGCUCCUCGGACGAAGACCCCUCUAGAGCUCCAUCGGUGGAGCGCACAUAUGUCUCCUCAGACAUGUUCUCCCAGUACCGGAGACGUUCGCCGACUCCGGGCUCUCCACAGCGGCGCCACUCGCCAUCUCCAGUGUCGAUGUUCCGAAGACAGUCCCAAUCACCAGUGUCUGUGUUCCGCCGUCAGUCGCCGAGCCCAGUGGGCAUGAGAUGUUCCUCUCCCCAGCCAGGACCCAGUAGGAUUUCCUCUAACUUCCGAAGGCAGUCACCUUCUCCUGUAUCUCCCUAUCGAAGACAAGCUUCUUCGCCGGUUCCUAUGUAUCGCAGACAUUCGCAAUCUCCAGUUCCCAUCUUCAGACGCCAUUCCCCGUCACCAAUACCACUGUUUAGACGUCAGUCACCGACCAAUCUCAGCCGUAAGAGGUCUCCAUCUCCCAACUCUACCAAGUGUCACCAUCCCCACGACCCGGUGUACACGAUGCGACCUCCUGGUGCUCGACCGCAACUCCAGGUCCGCAGGGAUCUCCACAUAUCCAGUCCUCCGUCUGCGACGGUCACCAGCAUCCAGGAUGUUCCGAAUGCUCUCGGGUUGGGUAUAUUCAGGAGAAAACUUCCUGAGCCUCCGGACAUCGGAUCUCGAUCCUCCACACCUCCUCAACCACUGGAUAGUCCUAAGGCUUCUGAGCCGACUCCAGGUCCAAGCGUUGAGGUGGAUAAAUCCCCCGGAGCUCCUCAAUCUGUUCCUCUCGCACUUCCUGGACCAUCAGGAUCUUCAGGACCUCCUGUGCCACCUCCCGCCGCCGCGCCUCCACCAGUCAAGAAGCAAGGUUUCAGCAUGGAGGAGAUCUUGCGUCGAUAAACCAACGAUUGCUCACUUGCUCCAAUAUAGUUUUGGUACAUAAAGUGUAAAUAGUCAUGGCACAAGUGACGAGUGCAUGUUGCUGUGCAGUAUUUAUAGUGCGAGUGGUUUUUAUUUUAGUGAGUGCAAUAUUUUAAGCUUUCUCGAUAAAUGUAUAUUAUGUGGUGAACCAUUUUAUAAAUGGUUUGUUUGUACAUACAAAUUCUUUAUUGAUACGCAUCCCAAACAAAUGGUUUGGUUUGCAGAGAAUUGUAAAUAGUUUACCUUUGUAAGAAUAUUGUUUCAUGUAUGUAUCAUUGUAUCAAUAGGUUAAGUGGAACUGGUUUUGCAUGCAUGUGUAAUUUUUCAGCUUUAAAAGUUUUUCAACAAAUCUGUUAGUUCCUAGUAUAAAUGUCCAUCCAUCUCCAAUAUUUUUGAAAGUUGACAUUUUCAAUACUCAUCUUCAAAGUUCAACGGUGAACGAAAAAGAUAUCUUGUACUGUGUGCAUUAUUAUUUUAUUUUAUUCAUUUCAGUUUUGGUUUCUGCCUGUAAGAAAGGAAAAAACAAAAUGAAAUAUGUUUUAGAUUUUCUGGAUUAAGUAUAAUUGUCACCGACAGUAAAACAAAUUGUAUACUAACCAUAUUUGUGGAAAGAGAUAUACUUCUCUGUUUUGAUAAAAAUGACUGUUUUUCCAGUUAUUUGAGAUCUUCAAGUGGCGUUUAUACUGAAUUUAUUUUAGCUUCAUACGUUUUUGGCUUCUUCAAUAAUGUUCUCAUACAGUAGCUUGAAGAAGCGAAACAGUUGUAACAAACGCUAGCUGUAAUGUUUAAUUCAACAAAUGUUUAUCUAGAACACGUUUCCUGUCGGUGUUUUUAAGUUCAGAAGCCUGAGAAGACAGAAACCUAUUUGUUUUCUGAGUUAACCAUCUGCCCCGUUUGUUUAAAUUCGGGCUGGUGAAUAAUUGUUUGAUUGUUCACUGCGAUUACUGCUUAAUUUAAAUGUUAAGUAGGCAUUUUUGCAUUAUUCCUAAUUAGUACACAUGUAGCUAACGAAAGACAAAGAAGGAACGUGAUAAAGUUUACCAUCAUAUUAAAAUAUAAUUUUCUCGCCUAUUUACUGUUGUUAACUAUUUAAUUUACUUGAAUUCCCAAUUACUUGGUUAAUACGAAACAUCAGUUUCUGUAUUUUAUUAAUCUACUCACAACCUUUUAAAAUCAUCAAAUAGCUUUACGUAAUGAUUACUGAAAAAAAUAUUUAUAUUUCCAAAAUUAUUGUGCUUUUUAAAACCCAGAGGUAUUAUUUUUAUUGUUAUGUUAUUUAAUUAAGUAGACUUUAUAAAUGUGUUAUGUUUGUAUAUUUUACA